CACAUCUGUCAUUUUUUGACGUCUUAUCUUUGGAUUCGACUGCUGCAUAAGCCUGGAAAGUUGAUGGGAAUGGAUUACGAGAGAACUGCUAAGAGGUCGCGCUCAUUAUCUCACGUAGCUUCCCACUUUCUAGGGCGCUACGAGAUUGUAGUGGCCGACACCGCCGGAUGCUGCCAAAAGACGGUGUCCAAUAUCAUUGCUCGUGUUGUGGAUGCCUUGGCGCAUCCCGACAUCGUGCAACAGUUCAUAAAGUUCAAGCCCGAGGACGAGCAGUGGUGCAGGGCCAAUUUUUGUAUGGAAAUGCUUGAGACGGGCACCACCUUUUCCACCUGGGUGUUCACUGAUGAGUGCACCGUGCAAAUAGACUGCUCGACGAGGUUUUGCUUCGUGAAAUCUGGAGAUCAGAUCUCCAGGAUGCGACACCGGGCAAAGCACCCAGCCAAAGGUCCAUAUCUGGGGUGGGAUUUCUACGCGGGGGCUACUAAGCUUGCUAUACUGCCGGGAGACCGCAAAAUAGAUAGCGAGCUAUACUGUAGAAUCCUAGAAAAGUGCUACCUGCCUUUCAAAGAGCAGGUUUACAACGGCUUUUGUGAGUUGGUGCAGGACAAUACACCUCCUCAUAAGAGUCGUUACACUACUGAUAAAAUCAGUGAAUGGGGUAUCGAAACGGUAUCGUGGCCAGCGGAGUCGCCGGACCUCAAUCCUAUAGAGCUCGUAUGGGGCAAUAUGAAGAGCUACAUCAGGAAACAAGGCGUGCGAAAGCUAGAUGACUUGAAGGCUGCAAUAUUAAGGUACUGGAAAACCUUAACUCCCGAAGUUUGUGCCAAAAACAAUACGCUGGUGGUACAAGGGGUAAAAUGA